AUGGACACCAAAGGGGCUCAGCUGCAGACUACCUCGGGCUAUGAACUCGCCGAAUCUUCCAGAGCCGUCAAUCGUGAACGGCCGGUUGAAUACCCCUCCACUGAGUCCAGUACCCCAUUAGUUGAGUCUAACGAUGCAGAUGAUUUUCCAGACGGUGGCAUCCGCUCAUGGCUCGUUGUGCUGGGCUCGUUCUUCCUCCUCAUGGCGUCGUACGGACUCAUGAACUCCGUCGGCGUCAUCCAGUCUUACCUCGAAACCCACCAACUGUCGCACUACUCCAGCCGCGAUGUCGGUUGGAUCUCCGGCGUUUUCGUCUUCACAUCUCUCAUUUUGGGCAUCUUUGUUGGCCCCCUCUUUGACGCAUACGGGCCGAAGGAACUCGUCGCUGUGGGGACGGGUAUCUAUAGUCUUGGAGUGCUUCUGACAGCGCAAUGUACGCAAUAUUGGCACUUCAUUCUUUGCUUCGGCGUAAUAGCCGGUAUUGGAGCCGCAGUGAUCAGUAAUGUUGGCAUGUCCUGCAUCCCGCACUGGUUCUAUGCGAAAGCAGGCAUGGCGAUUGGGACGGCCAUGGCGGGCGCGGGCUUGGGGGGCGUUGUCUUCCCGUAUAUCCUGCGGGAGACGUGGACUAGUAUCGGCUUCAAAUGGGGAAUGAGAGUCACUGCGCUUCUGGUUCUCCUCCUCUGUGGUUCGGCCACUUUCCUCGUCAAGAGCCGGCUGCCCCGAAACGGACGGCCAAAGGCCGCGUUUGAUAUCCGCUGCUUCAAGGACGCGAGGUUCUCGUGGCUUUCUGCUGCUACCUUCUGCUUGGAACUGGUCGUCUUCGGCCUGCUCGGUAUCCUGCCCAGUUACGUUGUCGCGCAAGGGUUCAGCGCCGCAUCGAGCGUCAACCUCCUCGUGGUGAUGAAUGUCUGCAAUUCGAUCGGCCGCCUGGUGAGCGGCCGCGUUGCAGACAAGUACGGCCGGCUCAAUGUGCUCAUCCUCCUAGUCGCCAUGGCUGUGAUCCUCAUCUUCGCCAUUCUCUACCCGUUCAGUAACUCUCUGCCCGCGCUUUACAUAUUCUGCGCGACAUAUGGCUUCGUAUCGGGCUCGUUUAUCUGCCUUGCCCCUGUCUGCGUCCGCCAGAUCUCGCCAGCUAAGGAGACGGGGAUGCGGUUUGGGACACUGUAUGGGUUGGUUGCGUUUGCGACAUUGAUCUGUAUCCCUAUUGGCGGGGAAAUGUUGGAGAAAAUUGGGGCACAUAUGGUUGUUGUCUAUCUCGGCGUUAUGCUCGUUGUUGCCAUAUUGUUUUUUGUGAUUGCCCGAUGGGCUUGUCUCGACUACAAAUGGAACUGGUGGAGUAAGAUUUGACCUGCAGCUGGUUAUUUCGGUCAAGACUAGGAUGAGGGUGAAGAAGACAAGGAAAUGAUAAAAGAUGGCUGACGGGCUGAUGCGUAAAGUUGAGGACUACUUGUGCGGAUUUUAGCUAUUUCGGGACUUUUAUAUAGAUCUAGGCAUAUUUGGCCGUAGGACUGCAGUGAUUGCAGUUACUUAAGCUGCUGAACAUACAAUCUUGGUACCCUAAUUUGCAAUGGUCGAACUGGAAUAUACUCAACAUGUUAAGAGUUGG